AUGGAAACUCAGGUCGUCCUGGUUUUAACGGAGCCAAAGGAGAAAGAGGAGAUCCAGGUUAUGGAGGCCAACAAGGACUGCAAGGUUUCCCUGGACCCAGAGGGGACCCUGGACUCCCAGGUGUGCCAGGGACCAGUUCAGAUGGAGAGCGCGGGAAGAAUGGUGUGCCUGGUAUUCCUGGAGCAAAGGGCCAGCCUGGAGAGGUGCUGGGGGCCACUCCUGGGACCCCUGGAUCCAACGGCUUUCCUGGGCCCCCUGGAGACAAGGGGCAGCCUGGCACUCCUGGAGGACCUGGUGCACCUGGUUUCCCUGGCGCUGAGGACCUCCAGGAGAAUACACCGGCGGAGUCCCAGGACGCAGAGGAGACCCAGGUCCCAAAGGAAACUGAGCGGACCCCCAGGCUGUCCAGGUUUCCCUGGGCGCAAAGGAGAGAGAGGAGACCCAGGGUUCCACGGCCCCGCAGGCAUGAAGGGAUCCCCAGGUCUGCCAGGAAAUCCCCAGGGACUCCUGGACUCCUCCAGGACCCCCCUCCCGGACUCGCAGGACCAGGCACCGUACCUGGCCGUCCUGGAAUACCUGGCAUCAAGGGUGAGAGAGGUUUCCCAGAGUCUUACAGGCUUCCCCGGUCAGCCUGGUCGUCCCGGAUCGCCUGGUUUUCCAGGUGGAAAGGGAUUCCCAGGAGACCCAGGGAAGAAACGGACUGCCCGGCGGUCCUGUAUUCCCUGGACAGAAAGGUAA